AUGCCGAAGGGAUCAGGCCAGCGGCCAGAAAAGCCACCGUUCAACUCGAACAAUCCCAAAGCAACUCCUCGACAGUUGGUCAACUUUAUCAACCUGAGGACGGCCCCCGGAGAGGAGAGUGGAUUUGAUGUUAAUACGCCGAGGGAUGUACUGCAAAGGGCAGCGGCCAGAUUAUGCGAGUCACGAGGAACUGAUGAUGUGGGCACAUCGCAAAUGAUGCAGCAAGGUACAGCCCCGUUGAAGCCACGGCUCAAACUCGUCCUGCGUCGUGAGCACCCCGAUGAAGAAGGGCCCGAAAGUAUUCCUGCGAGUGUCAGACAGACAGAGGGAACAAACGAGACGGGGCCGAUAAGUAGUCCUCUAUCCUCUGUCCAUGAAGAUGAGGGGACCAGUCCUGAAAAGGAGAAGGGAAAUAUGGAUUUGGGGCGGGGGAAUGGUGCAGGGAAUCGGAAGGAAGUGCACUUUAAUGAGACGGGUAGGCGAUCCAAUGUCGGACGAUUGGACCCGGUGGCAAGCACUUCGAACAAUCGUACUUCAGCCAAGCGUCGCCAAAUGGAAGAUGGGUUGGAGACAGCCGCCACUGGUCCCAGACGUGAUAGCCCAAAGAGAAAGAAGCUGCCCCCCAAACCAAUCGGUUGUGUCCAGUUCGCACCUGUGAUCUUGUCGGAGACAGCCCCCACUGCCGCCGGACGUAAUAGCCCAAAGAGGAAGAAGCAGCCCCCCAAACCAAUCGGUCGUGUCCAGAUCGCUCCUCUGAUCUCCCCAACUGGAAUAGAAUCGUUGGAAGAGUCCUUACCCAGUCAAGAACCUAUGAUCUGGUUUGAGCCAGAUCAGCCGCUAGAAUCAUCCUCCCCCGGCCUUACGUCGAGCUGGGUUCCUCUGAAGCCGACGCCAAGAAGAAUACCCUCACCAACGAAUGAAAAAGUACCAGAGGCCGUGGAUCCUUUUGUUGAGGCAGAGCUAGGCGAAAUUGAAAGUUUGCGUUUGAAAAAUAAUAAGCCGGCCGAUGACACGCUGAGUCAGACCGUUAUGCAAGUGAUGAGGACAUUACAAGUUGGGUUGUUGAGCUCGGGAUGGCAAAACCUUUGUGAUCCCCAAGGCGUUGAUGAAUCAAACUCGAGCAACCCGGAUGAGAGGGAUUUGGUGAGGGAAGAUCAGCCGACGCAUGUCUUCUUGGAUAAAUUAGUGCAGAGGGGUCUCAUCGUCCGAUCUGCGCCGCCUCAGUCUGAUCAAGCCGGCCUCCGCAUCAGACAGGUUCAAUUAGGACCUCUGUCCUCAAUCGAGAAACCAAUGGCCAUGGGAGCUAUUGAAUCAAGCGUUCCGGUAGAUACACUGAUUAUCUUCAGUCCGCCACUCUCCAACACCACCCAUGCCAUGGAGGGAAACGACCAUUGUCAGCCUGAAGAAAGAGUUGCUCAGCAGAUGACGAGCUCUACCUUUGCUUCUUCAAACGAUGUAGACUCAAGCCUUGAGUGUGAAUCAAAACUUUCAGAAACAAGCACUUGCCGCCUUUCCUUGCCGCGCUCCCGCCCGCCCGUGGAUAAGAACAAUUCGGAUCCUAAUCAGAUGUACCCAGAUAAUGUUGAGAAAAAUGACUCCACUAUCCGAAAUCACGAUUUUGCAGAGGUUUACAAAUAUGCCUAUCAGGCCUACCGUAAAGUCAAGCCAAUCAAGUGCUUUGGUUCCACCAGAGCUGCUGAAGUCCAUGAGACGGUCACCACGCUUGCCCCAGCUGAGGACAGUCAAAAUUUGAUUGAAAUUGGACCUCAAUCCUCCGCGUCGGCCAGCAUUAUCCCUGAUCUGUACGGAAAGUUAUCAGUCGCCCCUCAUUCACUGGCCUCGGCCGACAUUAUGCCUAUGGAUCUGGACAGAAAAUUCACCGUCGGACCUCAGUCAUCAGCCUCGGCACUUUUCCCCCCCAUGGAUCUUGACAGAACAUCAUCAGUCGCACCUCAUUCACCGUCACCGGCCAACUUUAUCUCCGGGGAUCUACACAGAGAAUUAACCGGGCCGGGGGCAACCCCAUGA